AUGGCUCCUCAGAAGAAUGAACUCAUCCUAUUCAUUAUCAUCACCCUUCCCUCCUUUGUUUUAUGUUAUAGCAGUUUACAUGAGAAGCAACUCAUCGACAAGAAUGUUGACGAAGCAUCUGAAUUUGAUUCCAAAGCGUAUCCAUCGUACCUCAACACGAUCGACGAUGGCAGUGACUUGUUCAAGGGCUUGAUAAAGGAAAGUGCAGAUGUCCUAUGCUUAAGGAGCUUCGAUAAAGUGGAUAGCAGCACUUCAUCUUCGGCUGAGACGGUCAGUGUUUAUGAUUUUGGAGCUGAGGGUGAUGGAGAAACUGAUGACACAAAGGCUUUUGAGAAGGCUUGGAAGGUAGCUUGUUCAUCUAAGGAAGCUGUUCUGGUGGUGCCUAAGAAGACGUAUCGUAUUAAACCAAUCCGAUUUUCAGGUCCUUGCAAAUCUCAACUUACAGUGCAGAUUCUCGGAACGUUAAUAGCUUCUGAUGAUCGAUCUGACUUCAGCAAAGAUGGUAGACACUGGCUUAUCUUUGACAAUGUUUCCAAUUUGGUGGUUGAAGGUGGUGGAGCCAUCAAUGGCAAUGGGAAAAAUUGGUGGCAAAAUUCAUGCAAAACCGAUCAAUCUAAGCCCUGCAAGGACGCACCAACGGCACUCACCUUCUAUAAGUGCAAGAAUUUGAUGGUGAGGAACCUGAAAAUUCAAGAUGCACAACAAAUUCAUGUGUCUUUCCAGAAAUGCAUGAACGUUGAAGUUUCCAAUCUCUCAAUAACUGCACCAGAAAAAAGCCCCAACACCGACGGAAUUCAUGUUACAGACACUCAAAACAUAUUGAUCACAAGCUGUGUCACAGCCACAGGUGAUGAUUGUCUUUCUAUUGUAAAUGGAUCCAAAUUGGUGCAAGCUUCGAACAUAACCUGCGGACCAGGCCAUGGUAUCAGUAUUGGAAGCUUGGGAUCUGGAAACUCAACAGCAUAUGUUUCGGAUAUUACAGUGAAUGGAGCAAAACUUUAUGGAACUACAAAUGGAGUUCGGAUCAAAACGUGGCAGGGAGGGUCAGGAAGUGCAAGCAAAAUCAGAUUUCAAAACAUUGAAAUGCACAAUGUUACCAACCCCAUACUUAUAGACCAAUAUUACUGUGACAGAAAGAAACCGUGCAAAGAACAGAGAUCAGCGGUUGAAGUAAAAAAUGUGGUGUACAAAAACAUCAAAGGAACAAGUGCUUCAGAUAUUGCUAUAAAAUUCGAUUGCAGCAAGAGCUUCCCUUGUCUGGGGAUUAUAUUGCAAGAUAUUAACCUCCAACACGAAGGAAGGAAAACAGCUAAAGCUCUGUGCAACAAUGUUAAUGUGACUAGCAUAGGAGUUGUUUGCCCGCUUUGUCCUAAAUUAGAAGGGCAAUAUGAGACUUGCCAAUGUCUAUGA